AUGGCAAUACGGAAAUUCAAAUCUGAAUUUGUUUUCUGCCUUGAUACAUUAAAAUCAUUCCAUCUCAUUUUCCAUACUUGUCAAGUAUCGGCUUCUAAUGAAUCCAUGUACCAAGUGCUCGACGAGAGCAAUAAGCAUGUUGUAGAUUUGAAUAUGAUGACUUGCACGUGCAACAUGUUUCAGAUUGACAGUGUGCCGUGUCUGCGUGCAUUAGCUGUCAUAGGGGAAGUGUUGAUCAACCACACAAUUAUUGCUCACACUACCACACAAAAGGAGUGUUAUUCGAAAUCGUACAUUGGAUUCAUUGUUCCGCUACGUGAUCGUGCCCAAUGGAAGGCCGACAAUUAUGGAAAGCAUGACAAAAUAUUUCCUCCAAAUCUAAGAGAUAACCAGGUAGGACUAAGAAAACAAGGAGACGGACAAGGGUGA